CUUUUUCGACUUUGACGUUUGUGGGCGGGGCUUUCAUCGAUGACGAGCGGAAGCCGCUAAAAUCAAAACUAGUUGCGAAACGCCCGUCAAUGCACAGCAAGUUGACAUUUCCGCGAUAAAACAAAGUGACGGACGCCCUCUCAACAUGGAGCAGAAGAAAGGAGUUUUAAGUCACCUGAGUGCGCUGGAGGUUCGGGCGAGGAGCCGCCAAGUCCAGCCCCGGCAGCGGAGUCGCGUGGAGGAGCUGCGGGCUCGCGCGAAGGCGCUGACCGUCCAAAGGGACCGGCUGAAGACGGAGAUCCACUCACACAAGCACAUUGAAAAACACAAGACACGACUGAACAAUCUGGGUGCAGCGGCAGCAGAAGAAGAAAUGGAGACUGAAGACAAUGAGAAUGAACAACUUUUGCAUCUGAUUGCCAGAGUAAUGCAGUUGAAACAGCUUCUGUAUGCUCAUCACAUCAUUGGUGGCUACGACAUCACCGAGAUCCGCAGGGGGAGAGGCAUCUGUGUGACUCUGUCGACCGCCUACGAGGGCGUCUAUCUGGAAACGUACAACAUGGAGUUGGACGUCAGGCCGACGCUGAAAAUCAGUCGCCACAAUGUGCCGCCGUUUAUCCCACUGGGCGAGCUUUGCGAGCCGGCCGGUCGGCAGAAGGACCUCAGGGGCUUCCUGGACCCGCUCAUGACGCGCCUCAACGCCUUCGCGGGCCGCAGACAGCAGCUGAGGCUUGUUAAGGAGCUCCAUCCAUCGGUGACGGUGAUGGAGAGCAACAUGCUGUGUUCCAUCCUGGUGCUCUUGCUGAGCACGCCAAGAGAGAAGACGUCACUGCUCUGCACCCUCAGCUAUACGGACCACACCAGAUGUCUGCCCAAGGGGGUCCACUUUGACUGUGAAGACAAGGAGCUUCUGGAGUCUUCCAGGUGGAAAAACAACCGCAAGCUUCUCAUGGAGACGCCAGUUCACAAAGCUUUGGGCGCCAUGAAAAAUAUGGAUUGCAUCGCUUAGGCGUCAUACACACUCCCACUUAUCGUUUUUGUCCUGGAGCCUCUGAAUGAAUUCCAUCACCUUAUCGUGCAAGCGCUCCCUCUGAAUGAGCCUCGUCUUCUCCACCUGCUCCCGAGCCUCCCGCCGCCGCUUCUCCAUCUCCCUUUCCGAUAUGGUGUCGAUGGCGGCGAUGCUUUUCACUUGCACAAACGACAAGCUCCUCCGCAGACGUACUCCACCGCUGCUCGCCAGGGGUGCCGACACGGACCUCGGAACCUCGGUCUCCACGCGGGUGAUUAUUUCCUUCAUGGCCACGUCCACCGUGGCUUUGGGCUCGCAAGCCUUCACCAUCAGCACCCGCCUACGCUCGCUUCGCAGCCAGUGUUGUCGUCGUUGCAGCAUUCGGCAGGUGUACCUGAAUUCUUUUUCCAGCCGGUCCAGCUUGAGACGAAAAUCUCGUUCGUCCUUCUGGUUGAGCACCCUCAGCUGUACUACUCUUGGCUCCAUUAGUCCUUAUGGAGCGUUUCUCUCAAUGCUUUUUUUUGUUUUAACCCCGUGUUUUCUCCAACUGAAGCCAUUUGCUGCCAUGGCUCUGUCACUGCGUGUAAUGUGAUAUACCCAUUGUGUUUGAGGUUGUCGGUAAUCUUGCAGUGGCACGAAGCUUGCUAGAUUGUGUUUCAAGAGGCCUA